AUGACGAACAUUGCUAUUCGUGGAUUGGGUGAGUUUUUGAGAAACGAUAGCCAUACUCUGAAGGGUAACAACUGCAAACUUAAUGAACUAAGUGUUGGUUACAAUAGUCUUACAGCUGAAGGUGCUAAAUGUUUAAGUGAUGCCCUGAAGAGCAACAAUUGCAAACUUACUAAACUAGACGUAAGAGGAAAUGAUUUAAAGGCUGAUGGUGCUAAAUAUUUGAGUGAUGCUCCGAAGAGUGACAACUGCAAACUUACUGAACUAGAUAUAAGAGGCAAUGCUUUAACAAUUAAAGGCGCGGAAUAUUUAAGUGAUGCUCUGAAGAGUAACAAUUGCAAACUUUCUAAAUUAAAUUUAAGAGACAAUGAUAUAGAAGAUGAUGGUGCUAAAUAUUUAACCGAUGCUCUGACAAGCGACCAAUGCAAACUAAUUGAACUAGAUGUAAGAGGCGAUACUUUAACAAAUAAGGGUGCUGAAUACUUAAGUGAUGCUCUGAAGAGUGAUAAUUGUGAACAUACUGAAUUGGAUGUAAGUGGCAAUUGUUUAACUGCCGAAAGUGCUAAAUAUAUAAGCGAUGCUCUGGAGAGGGAAAACAGCAAACUAACUAAACUAGAUGUAAGUGACAAUUGUCUAAAAGCUGAAGGUGCGAGAUAUUUAAGUAAUGCUCUGGUGAAUGCCAACUGCAUAAUCACUAAACUAAAUAUAAAAGGCAAUGGUUUAACAGCUGAAGGUGGUAAAUAUUUAAGCGAUGCUCUGAAGAGUGACAACUGCAAACUUACUGAACUAAAUGUUAGAGCCAAUGAUUUAAUGGCUGAAGGUGCGAAAAGUUUGAGUGAUGCUUUGAAGCUUCACAGCUGUAAACUUAUUGAGCUAUAUAUAAGUCACAAUGGCUUGACAGCCGAAGGUGCGCUAUAUUUAGGUGAUGGUCUAAGAAGUGACAACUGCAAACUUGCCCAACUUCAUGUAAAAUCCAAUGGUUUAACAGCUAAAGACGCCGAUUAUUUGAGUGAUGCUAUCAAGAAUAAAAACUGCGAACUGAUUUUAUAAACUACAGGGUGUCUCAAAAUAUAAGAAACUGGAUAUCCGUAGCCUUGUUAUCGCUUCGAAAGAAAAUGGUACAGUACAUGUAUGUGCGACAAGCAUAGGAUGUUGGCAAAAAUUGUACAGUAUAUAUGUAUGUGCGGCAGGCAUGGGCUGUUGGCAGGUGACUGCACGUCGAUGCACUUAAUCCCCACAUGCUUCAUGGAACACGGAAGGACUUUUUUUCUAGUUUGGUGAUUGAGACGAAACAUCAUUUGCCAUGAACGGUGGAGUGAACACGCAGAAUUUACGACAGUUUAAUACCUUGCAUGUUUUUAAAGUCUGCAUGGUUUUCAUGGUUUUCAUUAUUCACCGA